AUGACUUUAAUUUAUUUUAUAAUUUCAUCAACUACAUCAGUAAUAAGUAGAACAUUUAAAGGUAUAAAUAAAUCUAUAAUAUUAAUAGCUAGUAUAUUAAUAGUUAUACCUACUUUAUAUGAUUGAAAUGAGUUAGAUAUAUAUUAUACAACUGAUGGAAUAGCAGAUAUAUUUAUAUUAUUAACAGCAUAUUUAUUACCAUUAUCAAUAAUAUCAAAUUGAAAUAAUAUAAAAUCAACAUUAUAUUAUGAAUUAGUAUUUAAUUUAGGUAUAAUAUUAUUAAUUAAUUUUAUGUGUCAAGAUAUGUUAUCUUUCUAUAUUUAUUUUGAAGCUUCAUUAGCACCAUUAUUUAUAUUAAUAGGAUUAUAUGGAGCUAAUAAUAGAGAGAAAGCAGCAGAUUAUAUAUUAAUAUAUACAUUAUUAUCAUCAUUAUUUAUGUUAAUAGCUAUAGCUGUAUAUGAGGUAUUAAUAGGUAAUACUGAUUAUCAAGCUGUAAGUUUAUUAGUUUUAUCAUUAGAUUUACAAUGUAUUUUAUUUUUAGGUAUUUCUAUAGGUAUUAUGGUUAAAACACCAUUAGUUCCUGUACAUACAUGAUUACCUGUUGUUCAUUCUGAAAGUCCAUUAGCUGGAUCUAUGUUAUUAGCAGGUGUAAUAUUAAAAUUAGCAGUAUAUGCAAUAAUACGUUUAAUAUUACCAACAUUAUCAGAUGCAUCAACAUUAUAUACACCAGUAGUAUAUAUGAUAUGUGUAAUAACAAUAAUAUAUACAUCAAUAAUAACAUUAAGACAAACAGAUCUUAAAGUAAUAGUAGCAUAUAGUUCAAUAUCACAUAUGGCUGUAUGUAUAUUAGGUAUAAUGUCAAAUAACAUAAUAGGUAUAAGUGGAAGUUUAAUAUUAUCAAUAGCUCAUGGUUUUGUAUCACCAGCUUUAUUUAUUAUAGUUGGAGGUAUUUUAUAUGAUAGAUAUCAUAAUAGAUUAAUUUAUUAUUAUCAAGGUUUAUUAACAUAUAUGCCUAUAUUAGCUAUAUAUUUAAUAAUAUUAAGUUUUUGUAAUAUAGGAACACCAUUAUCAGUUAACUUUAUAGGUGAAUUAUUAUCAUUAGCAGGUGCAUUAAAUCGUGUACCAGUAUUAGGAGCAUUAGCAUUAAUAUCAGUAUUAUUAUCAGCAUCAUAUAUGUUAAAAGUAACAAAUAGAUUAACUGGAGGUAUAAAAACACCAUAUAUAUCAUUAACACAUGAUUGUACAUUUAGAGAGAGUGUAUUAUUAAUAUCAUUAAUUAUACCAACUAUAUGAUAUGGAUUAUAUCCAAAUGGAAUAGCAAAUAUGAUAUGAUCAAUACCAAAAUUAUUAUAUAUAUUCAUUUAA